UUGGUAUGGCGCGACCCGCAUGUGUUCGCGGGCAGGUGAUUGCCGACUCCCCUUCCCCCCACCCGAGCCCUUAUCUGCUAGCGCUCUACGCCCGUCUCCGUCGCACCUGGUUGGUCGCAUCCGCGGCCGAACGUACACGGCGGUGGUGUCACCGAGGCGGGUGAACCUGGCAGGCGUCGCUGAUUAUACCCGAAUCAGUUGGGCGGGUGGCGUCGCGACGCUCGGAGCGUCCCCCCGGUGCGGUUGUGCGGUGACGGUGAACGCAGGUAGUGAUGCGCGGGUCGAGCGCGCCCGCCAGCGGCGUCGCGGCGGACUCGUUCAGGGCGUUCCCCGGGCACACCAUGAGCCCCGUGCGCAGGCUGGUGGACGGCGGCAUCCACGCCGCCCUCCAGUACGCCGUCCCGGUGGCCCGGCGCCUCCGCUCCGCGCUGUCCGAGGACCACCAGGUACUGCGACGGCACCAGAACACUUGUGUGUUUGGAACGUGCUGUUCCGAAACAUUAUCGGGUUUGCUCUCCCAACAAACCGGGCCGAGCGCGAGGUGACGGCGGUGCGUCGCGAGCUGGACGAGACGCGGGCGGCGCUGCGCCUGCAGACGGCGCGCUGCCGCCAGCUGGUGGCCGCGUACUCUGACAGGCUGCGCGCCGGCGACGCCCUGCGCGACCACCAGCUCACCCUGGUGCUGCGCGCCCUGGUGGCGCUCGAGGCGCGGCUGCGGCGCGAGCAGAAGGCCAUCCGGGCGCAGCUGGCGCAGCGCGACGCCAUCAUCCACCAGCAGCAGGUGGAGAUCAGCAGGCUCCGCGCCGCGCAGCCGCCCUCUGCGCAGCCGCAGCACCCGGCGCCCAGCGCCCCUCAGCACGCUCAGCACGCGCCCGCCUCCAGGUCGGCGAGUUCCUCCAGCACGGUGACGCCGUCACAACUCAUCGUGGAGAACCACACGUGCGGCCAGGACUCGAGCUGCGACCAGGAGCAGAGCCUGCACGGCCGGACGCACGAAACCGUCGUGGACGCCAUGAGCCACCUCCGGCACCAGGAGGCGGCGCUGCGGGUCCUGGAGCUGGUGGGCCCGCCCCAGCGGCCGCCGGCCAGCACCACGCUACCGCUCCUCAACGGGGAGACGGCCUGCAUCGUGGAGCCGCCCGCCGACUUCAUCGAGGACCAGGGCGUGGUGACGCCGCCCCCGGACGUGGUGGCGAGCUACAACGAGAUGAACCGCGAGUGCUUAGAGCUGGCCAGCAUGGCGGCGUCCCUGCGCGGCGUCGGCGACAAGGGUAGCUGCUAUCAGGACAACCCGGUGCUGGAGUGUGUCAACCUGAUCCUGCUCCGCGACCAGGAGGACUUUCACGAGGAGCGACGGGGACGCGGCCAGCAGGCGCGCGCCCGGGGCGGCAGGGGCAGGCGCUCGGUGGAGGAGCACCAGCACCCCGACCCCCCGGCCUGGUACAACGGCGGGCCCCCGCGGCCCCCGCGGCCCACGCCCCCCGCACUGCCGCCCAAGCCACCCCGCCUUGUAGGCCAGCGCCCUGCCCCAACCAGGAACAGCAAGUCGCCGACCCCCGCCUCCACACCAACCUCUACGCCGACCACACCCACCACGCCGACCUCUACGCCGACCAUGCCGGACAAGGUGUCCCCGCCACCCUCGCCUCCCGCUGCUGACGAGCGCGAGGACGGCAACGAGGCCCUGAGGCGGAACUUCGAGGAGUUCAACCUCGACGACUGUGACAUCGAUGGCCUUGGGCAAGCCGAGCCGGCCAGCCCCAAGGCCGUGACCGAGGCCGCGUCGGACUGUGACGGCGACGGCAGGCCGCGGGCCGAAGGGGACGGCGCGGAGAGCGGCAGGCUCAACGGCCUCCCCGCGGAGCGCGCGGAGCGCGCGGAGCAGGGCCUCCUCCUGACGGCCCCGGCCGAGGCCCCGGGCGGGGUCCCCCAGGCGCUCGGCCUCAGCCCCGCGUUGGCUGGCACCCUGGCGCAGCAGCUGGCGCAGCUGGCGCCUGCCAACUACGACUCGUUCCUGGAGGCGACCGGCCUGAGCAACAAGUCCAUCCUCACGCCGAGCCGCAUGCUGAGCAACCACCGGAGCGUGCUCAAGCCCAAGGACGUCAAGCACCGCAGCCGAGUGAAGGCCGGCGAGCGCUGCGCCCUGCCCUCCGGGAUGCCCGGCCCCACCGUCAAGUACUGGACCGAGCCCUUCCUCUAACCGCACCGAGCUAAUCUAGAAACUAAUCAUGUAUUCUAACCGAAAGGCCUUUAUUGUUGUUUUUGACUCGUGUUUACCAGAACGUAUUGAACAUAGAAGUGUUGUUGCUGGAAUUGAGAAAUGAAUUACCAAUCUUCUUUACCUUAUUUCUUUAUGUGAGAGGAUCCAAGCUGCGCCAACCCAUAGAAAUGCACACAGACUAAAGUCUUACAUUUUUGGCGCAAUUAACGGGCACCAUUCUCAUGAAGUGCAUCAAAAAUGUUGGACCUUCCUUUCGUGCGUAUCAUGUGAUUUGGCGCUACUAGUGAUGGGAGUAUAGAAAACUAGUGCUUGUUAUGAGUAUUGGAAAGUUCCAAUGGAUGACAUACCAUGUACUUCAGUCAUGUCUACUAGAACUAAAAUCUAAGGGUAUACUGUAUUAAACUUUUAAAUGUUGCUGUUUUUUAAA